UGAUAUCCUUUGUUGGCACGAACCAUGGGCUAGUUAAACAGGUGAAGGCGUUGAUAAGUGCCUGCGAAACACGCGCUAGGGAAGCCUUGGAACGCUGCGCGUCGGGCCCUCAGCUUUCAAUUAAACCGGUUCGGUUCCUAGAUUAGACGCGUCGCGUUGCCCCAUCCCAUCCCAUUUUCUUUUGAUGCCUUGAGCUUGGGUGCAGCCCUCCUUUGCUACCUUGUACCUGCGUCUUCCUCUUCCCCAUCUCGAACCGUUGACUUCCUCUCACAUACAACACUCUAUACUUCUUCUCUCCCAAUCGACUCAGACGUCAAUUCCUCGUAGUCCUUUACUGGUUCCCCGCCAUCAACAUCCCCAACUCCCACAAUCUUUGUCUACAGACCGCCACCAUGCUUGAAGCAAGACUCGAGAAGGCUAACGACCUGAAGAAGGUCGUCGAUGCGAUCAAGGACCUGGUCCAAGACUGCAACUUCGACUGUAACGAUUCGGGUCUCGCGCUGCAGGCCAUGGACAACUCACACGUCGCCCUUGUCUCCAUGAUGUACAAGGCCGAAUCGUUCUCUCCCUACCGAUGCGAUCGCAACAUCGCCCUCGGUGUCAACCUGGUCUCGCUGACCAAGGUGCUGCGCGCCGCCCAGAACGACGACGUGCUCACAUUGAAGGCUGAGGAUGCCCCCGACUCCCUCAACCUUGUCUUUGAGAGCUCCAACAACGACCGUAUCUCCGAGUACGACCUGAAGCUCAUGGACAUUGACCAGGAGCACCUGGGCAUCCCCGAGACCGAGUACGCUGCUACAAUUGUUAUGCCCAGUGCUGAGUUCAAGAGAAUCUGCACUGAUCUGAUGGCCAUGUCUGAAUCUGUCACCAUCGAGGCAAGCAAGGACGGCGUCAAGUUCGCUGCCAACGGCGACAUCGGCAAUGGUUCGGUGACGCUACGCAGCAACCAGGAUGUCGAGAAGGAGGAGAACAACAUCGAUAUCGAGUUGACCGAACCUGUAUCUCUCACUUUCUCUCUCAAGUAUCUGGUAAACUUCUGCAAAGCCCAGCCUCUAUCCACCAGAGUCAAGGUUUGCCUCUCUAAUGAAGUGCCUCUCUUGGUUGAAUACGGCUUGGCCGGCACCAGUUACCUGCGUUUCUACUUGGCACCAAAGAUUGGUGACGAGGAGUAGGAAUAUUUUAAGGAAGGACGUUUUGACAUGAAGACCACGAGAUAUACCAUCGGAUUGCACUCGGCGCCGCUACACGUGGGAUAUGGUACGGUAAAAGCUAUCUGAGUCCCGUCACGAUAUUGGCCAUAUGCAGGCCCGAAAAGACUAGCCCAGGGACCUUUGAACAGAGGGGGUGACAACCACUCACGACGUUGAGAUACAUACUGCAUGGAAUAGGAUAUGGAGACAGCGUAAUGACAAGUCAAUUUAACACAUGAACAGCCCCCAUGACGUUGCGCGCGUCUGUGGGAAACGCGUAUCUCUGUUCGGCUUAGUGCGGGGCUGGCGGGGUUGUC